AUGGAUCGCACAAUCCACCUCGCGAUAAUCGAUGCCGAUAUACCUGCUCGCGGAUUGUAUGAGGCACGUGGGUUAUACAGCUCACAAUUCGAAAGGGUCCUUCAAACCGGCGUCGCCCAACUAAACCAAACCGAACAAUAUAGGUCCUAUAAGCUAGGCCUUCGCGUCACCGCAUACGAUCUAGUAGGUGGUGUAUAUCCUCCAUUCGAGCUCCUGCGAUCCGACCAUCGACAAUUUCCCAACAGCGUUCAUCCUCCAAGAGGAAAACCGGAACCCAGGAAAGCCAACAAAAUCGCCGAAUUAAACCAACCCAUCGAUGCUAUUUUAAUCACUGGUGCCGCUGCAGGAGCUUACGAGACCGACAAAUAUCCGUGGAUCCUAGAGUUAGAAGGUUACAUCAAAAGAGUAUAUGCAGAAUAUCCACAUGUACGAAUUCUCGGGUCUUGCUUCGGACAUCAACUCAUUGCUCAAGCUCUGUUUUCAAAAGAAGACCGUGUUGUGAUUGAAAAAUCACCCUUAGGCCGUGAAGCUGGUCUUUAUACUAUUCAGCUUGACUCGGAAUUUACGGAAUACUUUCCAAUUGUGUCAGGGUUACAUCAUGGGUUGAGCAUACAGAUGAUGCAUGCAGAUUGGGUGACAGUUAAACCCAGGCCAGGGACAAGCGAAAAUGCUUCAAUCAGACUACCCCGUCCGUGGGUGAAUAUUGGAAGGACGGAUAUAUGUCCUAUCCAGGGGCUUUACAACCCUGGACGCAUUCUCACUAUCCAGGGUCAUUUUGAGCUUGACGCAUUUGCCCUAUCCAGAACCUGCAUUGAGUUUGCUCCUUUACUGGGCUGGUCUCAGGAAUUCCUGGAUACUGUUAUGGGGCAAAUUGGUGAUGCACCACAUUACAAAGAUGACGCAGAUAUGGUGGCAAAGGUUGUUGUUCUUUUCCUUGCUGGAAUAGAGGGUGGUGCAAAACUGAAUGGAACAUCUUGA